AGUUGAUUUCGAUCACGAUUUUAGCAAAGUGAUCUUUGAGCUCAACUAUCGCGACGCUUCGACAACCACACCCAACGACCAAACUCCCCUUUCACCCACCCAACCCCAACAAUACCGCAAAAAUGGCCGGCGGAGUUACCGUUCGCGAUGUCGAUGCGCAGAAGUUCAUCACUGCCUACUCUGCUUUCUUGAAGCGUCAGGGCAAGCUUCCCAUCCCCGGUUGGGUCGAUACCGUCAAGACUGGUCCUGCUAAGGAGCUCCCUCCCCAGGACAUUGACUGGUUCUACGUCCGCGCCGCCUCCAUCGCCCGCCACGUCUACCUCCGCAAGACCGUCGGUGUUGGCCGUCUCCGCAAGGUCCACGGCACUGCCAAGAACCGUGGCAGCCGUCCCUCCAAGCACGUCGAUGCCUCCGGCUCCGUCGACCGAAAGGUCAUGCAGGCUCUUGAGAAGAUCGGUGUCCUUGAGCAGGACGAGGACAAGGGUGGCCGCCGCAUCACCCAGGCCGGACAGCGUGAUUUGGACCGAAUUGCCCAGACCACCGCUGAGGCCGAGGAGGAGGAGGAUGACGAGUAAACUAAAAAACUGGCGGUUUCCGGUCAAAGUCAAAGGUAGCAAUGGCAAUGGAAUUGGGCGUUGGGUCAUAGAUUUUGUCAUGUAUGAAUGAGAUUCCCCGACACUGGGUCAUUCGGUUUGGUCAAAUUGGACCCGUCCAACUUGUCGUUCAUUUUAUGGUCG